GUCCGCAGUCUCUGGUCAUCCUCUGUACUGUCUGCAGUCUCUGGUCAUCCCCUGUACUGUCUGCAGUCUCUUGGUCAUCCCCUGUACUGUCUGCAGUCUCUUGGUCAUCCCCUUUACUGUCUGAAGUCUCUGGUCAUCUUCUGUACUGUCUGCAUUCUCUGUCUCUGGUCAUCUUCUGUACUGUCUGCAUUAUCUAGUUAUCCCCUGUACUGUCUGCAGUCUCUUGGUCAUCCCCUGUACUGUCUGCAGUCUCUUGGUCAUCCCCUGUACUGUCUGCAGUCUCUUGGUCAUCCCCUUUACUGUCUGAAGUCUCUGGUCAUCUUCUGUACUGUCUGCAUUCUCUGGUCAUCUCCUAUACUGUCUGCAGUCUCUGGUCAUCCCUGUACUGUCUGCAGUCUCUUGGUCAUCCCCUGUACUGUCUGCAGUCUCUUGGUCAUCCCCUUUACUGUCUGAAGUCUCUGGUCAUCUUCUGUACUGUCUGCAUUCUCUGGUCAUCUCCUAUACUGUCUGCAGUCUCUGGUCAUCUUCUGUACUGUCUGCAUUAUCUAGUUAUCCCCUGUACUGUCUGCAGUCUCUUGGUCAUCCCCUG